GUAUAAAUUCGAUGAUGAAAGGGUGACAAAGGAAGAUGUGAAUAGGGCACUGGAAGAGCAAUAUGGUGGCGAAGAAGAGUUACCACAGAACAAUCCUGGUUUAAAUAAUCCACCUUUUAAAUUCACAAAGUACUCGAACGCAUACAUGCUUGUUUACAUUCGGGAAAGCGACAAGGAUAAAAUAAUAUGCAACGUUGAUGAAAAAGACGUUGCAGAACAUUUACGGGUGAGGCUGAAAAAAGAACAAGAAGAAAAAGAAGAUAAAAGAAAAUACAAGGCUGAAGCUCACCUCUUCACGACAGUCAAGGUCGCAAGAGAUGAAGACAUAACAGAGCAAGUUGGAAAGAAUAUGUACUUUGAUCUUGUUGAUCAUGAGAAAGUCAAGAGUUUUCGAAUCGAGAAACAGACCCCCUUUUUACGUUUUAAGGAAGAGGUGGCCAAAGAAUUUGGUGUCCCGGUUGAGAUGCAGCGGUUCUGGAUUUGGGCAAAGCGGCAAAACCAUACUUAUCGUCCCAACCGCCCCCUGUUAUCUCAUGAAGAAUUACAGAUGGUUGGACAUAUAAAAGAGGCAUCAAACAAGGCAAACAAUGCUGAACUAAAGCUGUUCUUGGAAAUAGAGCGUGGACCGGAUGGGCGUCCUAUUCCUCCCCCAGACAAGUCACAUGAAGAUAUUCUUCUUUUCUUUAAGCUCUACGACCCUGAGAAUGGAGUACUAAGAUAUGUUGGCAGGCUCAUGGUGAAAAAUUCCAGUAAGCCCAUGGAUAUAAUAGGGGAACUGAUUCAAAUGGCCGGCUUUACUCCUGAUGAGGAAAUAGAACUUUUUGAGGAAAUAAAGUUUCAACCUUGUGUAAUGUGCGAACAACUGGAUAAGAAUACGUCUUUUAGACUAUCUCAAAUUGAAGAUGGAGAUAUCAUUUGCUAUCAGAAAGCUCUUUCUAUCCAGGACGAUGAAUAUUCAUACCCGGAUGUGCCAUUAUUUUUGGAGUAUGUACAGAAUCGAGAGGUGGUGCGUUUUCGUACCCUGGAAAAACCAAAAGAUGAUGAGUUUACUAUGGAGUUGUCAAAGUUGCACACAUAUGACGAUGUUGUGGAAAGAUUGGCUGAGAAGAUUGGCCUUGAUGAUCCGUCGAAAAUUAGGCUUACUCCUCACAAUUGCUACUCCCAGCAACCCAAGCCUCAAUAUAUCAAAUACCGUGGAGUUGACCAUCUUUCAGACAUGUUAGCUCACUAUAAUCAGAUGUCUGACAUUUUGUAUUAUGAAGUUCUGGACAUUCCCCUACCAGAAUUGCAAGGUCUUAAGACUCUAAAAGUAGCUUUUCGUCAUGCAUCAAAGGACGAAGUGACAGUUCUCACUAUGAGACUUCCUAAGCAGAGUACUGUGGGAGAUGUUAUUAACGAGCUUAAAACAAAGGUGGAGCUUUCACAUCAAGAUGCAGAAUUGAGGUUGCUUGAGGUGUUUUCCCACAAAAUCUACAAGAUCUUUGCAUCUACCGAAAGAAUUGAGAGUAUCAAUGACCACUACUGGACUUUACUAGCGGAGGAGAUACCCGAGGAAGAGAAAAAUAUUGGUCCCAAUGCUCGGUUAAUCCAUGUGUACCAUUUUACCAAAGAGGCUGGACAAAGUCAGCAAGUUCAUAAUUUCGGGGACCCCUUCAUUUUGGUGAUCCACGAAGGUGAAACUUUGGAAGAAAUGAAGACCCGUAUCCAAAAGAAACUUCAUGUACCUGAUGAUGACUUUGCCAAGUGGAAGUUUGCUUCUUUUUCAAUGGGACGUCCCGACUACUUGCAGGACACAGAUGUUGUUUACAAUCGCUUUCAGAGAAAGGACGUAUAUGGGGCGUGGGAGCAGUAUCUUGGGGUGGAGCACGUUGAUAAUGCUCCUAAACGGGCUUAUCAUAACCGGCACGCAUAUGAGAAGCCGGUUAAAAUAUACAAUUAGGAGAGGAGCAAGAGAGGAGACGUGGUGUGGGCCAUCCAUGGAGGAAUAUUUUAAAGGGGUGGUUUUGGUGUGUGAGGGUUAGGAUGUAGCGUCUCAAUUUAGAUUUUUAUGAUAACCAAAAAUGAAACAUAAUCUGCCAGGAGAAUGGUUUUAUUUCGGCCCUGACGGUAGUAACUGUGGUCUAUUUUGGCUUCCAAAAAACUACUCUUUCGGUGUUAAUAUACUAUUGUCUUUGAGACUA